AUAUUACAGACUCGAUAUCAUGUCAAAUGUCAACGUUGAAUUUAAAAACGAAGACGAACUGUAAGGUGAGAUGUAUCUUUAAUUUUGUAAUAUUUAAUUGUUGACUAAUAUAAAAAUUUCAAGACCAGAAUGUUCUCAACAAGCUCACAAAGGCAAUUCUGGACAUUCAGUGAUGAAAAUGAGCUAGCAUGCCAUCGGGAAAAGCACAACGUAGUAUUCAUUUCAAAACAUGGACAACAUUUAGACGAGCCUCAAAGGUACAAUUAUUUUCUAUCUCCUGAAGAAGAAAGACUAUUAUUGAAACAAUAUGAGCUUCAUUUGAAAGAGUUUUGUAAGCGAUUUCAGCCUCCCAUGCCAAAAGGAGUUAUUGGUACAGCAUUUCACUAUUUUAAACGAUUUUACUUAUACAAUUCAUCUAUGGAUUAUCAUCCAAAAGAAAUUCUGGCUACGUGUGUUUAUUUGGCGUGUAAAGUUGAAGAAUUUAACGUGUCUAUCGGCCAGUUUGUUGCAAACAUAAAAGGUGACAGAGAGAAAGCUUCAGACAUCAUACUUAACAAUGAAUUGCUAUUAAUGCAGCAAUUGAAUUAUCAUUUGACCAUACACAAUCCUUUUCGACCAGUUGAAGGGUUCUUGAUUGAUAUUAAAACAAGAUGUUCAUUAGCCAAUCCAGAACGUUUAAGAACAGGAAUUGAUGAAUUCCUUGAAAAAGUAUUUUUGACUGAUGCAUGUCUCUUGUACGCGCCAUCUCAAAUAGCAUUAGCUGCCGUACUUCAUGCAGCCAGCAAGGAACAGGAGAAUUUGGAUAGUUAUGUUACAGAUAUGUUAUUCAGAGAUGCUGGCCCUGAUAAACUGGCGAUACUCAUAGAAGCAGUUCGUAAAAUUAGGUCCAUGGUUAAAAUGGUCGAAAGCCCUGCCCGCGAACGCGUCCGAACCAUUGAGAAGAAGCUGGAUCGGUGCCGAAAUCAGGAGAACAAUCCAGACAGUGAGAUUUAUAAGAGACGGAUGCGAGAGGCAUUGGACGAAGAUGAUGUGCAAUACACUGGCUCUACAAGAAUGUCCCUAGACACCAGUGGUAUCGGCCAAGUGCUGUCACCAUCUGCAUCCUGAAUUAUUUUAUACUUGACAUUCUUAAUAUUAGUUUAUGUGAUAUGACGGGGAAAUUUAAAUUAAGAUAUUUUUCACAAGAUAUUCCGUUUUGACAUAAAAGACUUACGUAAUAAGUAAUUUCUAAGAUGAAGGAAUCAUCCGAUGAACAGCAUUUUGUUAAGGCUUAAUCUUAUGCUGUUUCAUGAAAGGAUCAACAAAUCAAAGUUUGCACAAUUCUUCCUAGAUAACACUGUAGAAUGUUGAAACAUUUGUUGCAGAAAUGAGGAAAACAAAUUAUAUUUUUGCCUUUUACUUUUGUGUUCAAUUCCAAUUUCACAAAAGUGUUUCUGAAGGGCAUUGUUAUUGUAUGGGUAUCAUUGUCUUCAUGUUACUUGCCAUAUAUAAUUAAUCUUGUGCAUUUUU